AUGUUCUCCGGAAUGCUCACCCCGACCCUGCUGGGCCUGACCUCGAUGCUCACCCUCGUGAGCGGCCAAACCAUCGAACCCAACUCCGUCCCCCUCAGCACCCGCGAGAGCUGGUGCAGUUCCCAGCAAGCCUCAUGCCCCCUGCUCUGCCUGCAACUGCCCGGCGCGACGGGCAGCCCGACCCAGAAUACCUGCUCUGCCGAAACACUCUCCUACUCCUGUAUCUGCAGCAACAACGUCUCCCCUAAUGCCUCCGAAUACUCCCAGACAAUGUCCUACUACAUCUGCACCGAAGCCGCCACCCAGUGCGCCAACAAGUGCACCACCAGCUCCUGUGUCUCCGCCUGCCGAGCCGACCACCCCUGCGGUGCCCAGGACCCCAAGCGCGUCAACGUAACUACCACCACAACCGCCUCCGCGACCAGCACCGCUACUUCCACUGCUCUGCACACGAAGGAGGCGACCGGCGCGGGUAUUCGACCCUUUGUUCUUGAGAUGGGUCAGGUUUAUGGUACCUGCAUUCUGGUCGGUGGCUUUAUCGCCGGCUUUGCUAUUCUUCUUUAG